UCGGACAUAUUGAGUGUAACACAUUGUCAGCCAGCUAUGUCGGUGCUGAAGUAUAAUGUGCUGAAGUACAUUAUUAGAGCAGUCUACAUUAAUUUGCCAGACGGCUCAUUUAUUUGCAUUCAGGGCCUAUCAGGUAUUCAUUUUGAAAUAAUGUGUUGAAUAAAGGUGAAAGAUUCGCAGCGGGGCCCAUCAGUUUUCAGUUUACACAUCCGAGCCAUGGCUUCACUGUCAGAAGAGGUGCUUCUGGUGGUGAAAAAGGUUCGCCAGAAGAAACAGGAUGGCACUCUGUAUUUGAUGGCUGAACGCAUUGCGUGGAGUCCGGAGGGGAAGGACCGCUUCACCAUCAGCCACCUCUAUGCGGAUAUUCGCUGUCAGAAAAUCAGCCCUGAUGGCAAAGCAAAAAUUCAACUCCAACUGGUCCUUCACUCCGGUGAGAGUACCACAUUCCACUUUUCUAAUGAGAGCACGGCACUCAAAGACCGUGAGGCUGCCAAAGAGCUGCUGCAGCAGCUUCUGCCCAAGUUCAAGAAGAAAGCUAAUAAGGAACUGGAGGAGAAAAACAGGAUGCUUCAAGAAGAUCCGUUGCUUUUUCAACUAUAUAAAGAUUUAGUGGUCAGCCAAGUGAUCAGUGCUGAGGAAUUCUGGGCUAACCGAUUAGGAGGCCUAAACACACACACACACCCUGCAGUAUGCAACAAUAAACAGGAAGUUGGUAUUUCUGGAGCUUUUUUGGCAGACAUACGACCACAAACAGAUGGCUGCAAUGGCUUGAGAUAUAAUCUGACAGCUGAUAUCAUUGAAUCCAUCUUCAGAACCUAUCCUGCAGUGCAACAGAAGUAUUGUGAAAGUGUCCCUCAUGAGCUCACCGAGAAGGAGUUCUGGACACGCUUCUUCCAGUCGCAGUAUUUUCACCGAGAUCGCAUCAACACAGGCACACAGGACAUCUUCACAGAGUGUGCCAAGCUGGAUGAAAAAGGGUUAAAAUCAAUGGUGGUGCAAGGAGUUAAGAACCCCCUGGUUGACCUGCAGUCAUUAGAAGAUAAAUCCUUGGAUGAGGGUUACGGCGCCUCGACACCGCUGCCUUCCACUUCAAACCGAACGGUGAAGGAGAGCAGCAACUAUGCCAUUAUCAAGCGUUUCAACCAUCACAGUGCCAUGGUGCUGGCAGCAGGCUCACGCAAGGGGGAGACUGACCAAAAUAGUGAGACUAGCAGCACUGAUGGAAACUCGCGGGAUUCUGACCUCUUCCAGCCUCCCAGCAAGAAAGUGAAAAUACAAGAAGCCAUAGAGUAUGAGGAUCUGCAAAGGGAAAACGGGCCAAAAGUGGUUGCAUUAAACCUCAAAAAGUCAGACAGGUAUGCCCAUGGUCCUGUGCCUCUUCAGUCUCUAAAAUACACAACAAGCCAAGAAAUCAUUAACUCCGUCAACCACGUCCGCCACGAGAUGGCCGAUUACAAACCCAACCUUACUCAGGUUUUGACCAGCGCGGCAGCAACUUCGGCCAUCGCAGCACUUUCUCCCGGCGGCCUGCUCAUGCAGACGGGAUCGCAGCAAGCCAUAAAUCAGAUGGUCCCAUCUGACAUCCAAGGGGAACUGAAGCAUCUUUAUACAGCUGCUGCGGAGUUAUUGAGACAUUUCUGGUCCUGUUUUCCCGUCAACACGCCAUUUUUGGAGGAGAAGUUGAUUAAAAUGAAGUCCAACCUCGAGCGAUUUCAGACGACCAAGCUUUGUCCUUUCCAAGAGAAGAUUCAGCGUCAGUACUUAAAUAAAAAUAUCACGGCACACUUAGAGCAGAUGCUACAAACGGCCUACAGCAAGUUCCACGUCUGGCAAACACGCCGCAUGAUGAGGAAAACCUGAGGCCGAACGCUUUGUUAGCGAAGGACAACGAAGACCAAGUGGACAAGGACGUCCCGUGGAGGCUUUAGGCGCCCUGCUGAGACGACACAUCGUAGCCGGGUGGCUUCACGGGAGGCUCGCGAUGAACGAACGCUGCUGCAGCCGUUUCCGAGAGGCAUAUGGCAUUUUUAGUCACGAAAACUUGUUUCUUAUUUUUUGUGUUCUUUCUACGGAUGAGAGAUUGGUUUCAGUAUUGGGACUGUAAUGGUACAAGACUGUAUGGCCAUAUAAAUCUUGUAGGCUCCCAGGAUGACCAGCAGAGGUCUGCAGACGUUUUAUCAGUGCAGAGAGCCUCUCUGGAAAUAGGACAAAGAAUGGAUUAGUGUUCCAGAGUUAAUGGAUUUAGCAAUAUUCUAAUGACAUGUCACACUUGGAGAGUGUUGGUGUGUGUGAAACACAGUUAACAUUGUUCGGUUCUGUCUGCACUGUAUUGUACAUACAAAAUGUUAUUCUGGAUUAAAGAGGUAAAACGUUUUGA